GUGGGACACCAGGAGGCGCAUACUUGGUCGGCGUGUAUUGGUAUGUUGAAGAACUCAAGAUAAACGGUUGUCAUAAAGAAGCAAUCUAGUUUUUUCCCAUCAAAGAUUCGUCUUCUCCGUAUCCGCAAGGUUGUGAAGAAGAUGGUAACGCUGACUCUGAUGAACGCCGCGAUCCUUUGGCCUCCUGGUCCCCUAAAACCCCAAACACUAGUUCAGAAACCUGUUAAGCCUCGUUCGCUUUGUUACUUGAGGACAAAUGAGAAGAUAGCUGGUUUAUUUAGAGCAACUGCAGAGGAAGGGUUAGAGGAGCAUGAAAAUGCGGAUCCGUCUCAGGAGAAUUUUCAGCCACCAAAUACUGAAUCAGAAGCAAAACAAAAUGAUAUAUGGCAACUCUUUACUGAAGCUCAAAAAAACAUUCUUUACUUGAACAAACAACGGCUUAUGGCUAUUGAGGAGCUGAGCAAAUCAAACAAGGAGAAACAAUUGUUGCUGGAUAGGAUAGAUCAACUAGAGGCAGAAAAGAAGAAAGAAGCCAGAAAAGAUAAGCUUACAAUGUUCUGGGAGUUGCUUCUUCGUAUAGACUCAAUGGUCCUCACUGGCUUGAUUAACAAGGAAGAGGCUUAUGAUUUGAGAAGACAGGCUUUAGAACAAAAAGAUGGCAUAGCUGAUGUUUUCCCUGACAUGCUAAUGAAAAGAGAUGCUCAGAUUCUAUCAGAACUCCGUCAGUACUUCUCAGAUAGAAGCAAAAGGAAUGCAUUUCACAUUGUCCAUGUUUGCGCGGAAAUGGCACCAUUGGUCAGUGUUGGAUCCUUGGGAUUGUAUGUAGCAGGGUUAUCUCGUGCACUGCAAAGAAAAGGACACCUUGUGGAGGUUAUUUUGCCGAAGUAUACAAGCCUCGAGCUAGAAGAAAUUCAAGGGCUGCACAAAAUUGAUGCAGAGGCUUAUUCAUAUUUUAAUGGUCAAUUGCAUGGGAACAGAAUCUGGACUGGUGUUGUCUAUGGAAUCGGAGUUACUUUGAUUCAGCCAUUAUACUACUCAUUAUUUUUCAGUCGUGAGAAGAUAUAUGGCUACUCAGAUGACUUUGAACGGAAAAAAGAGAAGGAAAAGGAGCAUUUUAUGUUUUGCUUUCGAGAUCCAAAUUCACCCAUGAUGGAUGUGUUUUUGGGUUUGGUGCAGCUAUAUGAUUUAAGUUGGUGGAGUUCCAAGAAUUUUGGUUUUUCGUCGGGCGGGAUUAUUUACUCCAACAAGGUUGUGAUGUUGACAUCCAUGCAUUCUAAAGGAAUGAUAAUUCGUAGUUUUGCGCAUGGACUAGAGUCCACCUUAGCCAUUCACAAACAAAAGUUAGUUAUUGCUCCCUUUGGAUUUGACAACUCAACAUGGGAUCCUUCCAAAGAUAAAUUUCUUCCAGAAAAUUAUAGCGCAGAAGACAUGAAAGGGAAAUCUGUAUGCAAAGUUGCAUUACAAAAGUGGCUGGGAUUAGCUCAGAAUGCUUCUACUAUUAUUGUUGGAUUCAUCUUCUCAGAAGUAUCAGAUGUUGAUCUGGAGAACUUGAAGGCAAUUGUUCGGGAUACCACUGGAAGGAGUGUCCAGUUCAUCUUCAUGGGUAUCAGCAAAAUGCCAGACGUAACCAAGCCAUUGGAUUCUGUCCAGGAGGACUUCAAGGAUGGAAAUAUAUUCAUAUUUAACUAUGAUGAAGCUCUAUCACUGAUUUUGGCAGGAUCUGAUAUUCUCUUGUGCAGAUCCUUUCAUGAUCCUAUCUUCCAAGCUCCGCUCAAGGCUUUGAAAUACGGAGCUGUUCCAGUGGUAGUUGCUCAAAGUGAUGAAAUUUUCAGGCAUUUCGUAGACCAUGACCAAGAGACUACCAGAUUCCCACAGUUUAUGUGCAGUGCCUUCGGAAAUUUGUCCCUAAGCCAGGCCAUAGAUCAAAUAGAGAACAACCCGUCUACAUGGACGCGGAAGGUAACAGAUGCUAUGGCAAAAGAUUUCUCAUGGGAUGCAGAAUGCUCUGAUAUUCAUGUUUCUGCAUAUACAUUCAUUAAAGGUCUGUGAGCUAUAUGUCAUCUACAUGUACAUAUGUUUGUACAAAUACAAAUUUUUCUUGUUAGCAUUUUUGCCGAUGUGCAAAUCAAUGCAUAUGACGAUGCCCAUGUAUGAGGGCUGACGGAGUGUUGCAAGUAUAGGAAGCUCAUUCAGCCUGCAUUCUCUCAACUGGGGAGGAAUAGAGUUGAUGAGUAAGGGGAUCAAAAUUAGAUGGUCCUUGCUAAAGCUUUUAACCUUAAGCUAAAAGUCUGGGAUGUGCUUAAAAUUAACUGGAGGCUAUAAACUACUGACAUGUAAAUUAUUUGUAUAAUGACCCUAAUUCUUCCACUUUCUAUUCUUUAAUAAGAUGUCUGUCCUUCAUUUCUACAGUU